AUGGCAAAACCAAAAGUACCAGAGAAACCACCAAAACCAGACGAGAUGGAAUCAGAUUCGGACGAUGAGAGCGACGACGAGGAUUACGCUCCCGAUGAGAAGGACUUUCAGAGUGACGGAGAGGACUUGGGCGACGGCAGUGACGAUGACGAAAAUCAUACAAACGACGCAGACACGCCAACAUCUACAUCACGAUCCGGUAAACGGCGUGCCGGCGCCGACGCCUCCUCCUCUUCACACAAAAAACCCAAACCUCAACAGGACCCAACACCCCAGGAACAAGCCGAAGCCACCAACAAAAAGUCUCAUCUUGACGCCCUCUGGGCAGAGAUGAACGCUCCUGCCUCAAAACCACCACUUUCUACACGGCGACUUGAACUUUCAGGCCUUGGAACAUCAUCAUCAGAUAAGGCAGCAGGAGCGGGAGGAACGGGGGGGUCGGGAAGGUUGGUGACGAUUACGACGACAUAUGAUUUUGCGGGCGAGACGGUUACGGUGACCAAGGAUGUUCCCGAGGACUCGAAGGAGGCAAAGGAGUAUGCGGCCAAGAACGGCAAAGCCCCUGUUGGCGCUAAUUCGUCUGGUUCUGGAUCUGGAUCUGGUACAACGACGAGCGCACCAACGACAACAGCAACAACAACGGACUCAAUAAUAUCAACAGCACAAAACCUCGACACCACAAGCAUUACAUCAUCGUCAUCAUCAUCAGCAACAUCUAGCAUAGAACCCUCAGAAGCCUCAGAUGCAUCAUCAAUACCAAGAUCAAAUCCAGCACCAGGAGGCCCCAAAAUCACAACCCGCCCCUCAAUCCUCGACUCGCUCGCGACAAAGACAAAAGCCCCCGUUCGCUACAUCCGCAAGAAAUCCAACCUCGACGAACUUGCGGCCACCUACGGUGUCAAGAAACCACCCAAACUCAACACGCUCGAGAAAUCAAAACUCGACUGGAAGAACUUUGUGGGCAAAGAAGGCAUUGAGGAUGAAUUGAAGCAUCAUAACAAGGAUGGUUACAUGGAAAAGGUGGCCUUCUUGCAGCGCACAGAUGAGCGGAGGGACCAGGAGUACCAGGAGCUCAAGAAGAAUCGGCGGUAG